AUGGACCCAAGGUGGAAACACCCCUUUCCUGCUAUUGUAGCUGGCCCCACUUGUUGUGGGAAAAGUCAUUUUGUCAAACACCUGUUGGAAUCUGGAGAAGAAUUAAUAGACGGAACUCCUGAAAAUAUCAUUUGGUGUUAUGGAAUAUACCAACCGGCUUACGAUGAAAUGCUAAGGACUAUUCCCAACAUCACGUUCGUCGAAGGAGUUCCUGAUGAUUUAGAGUCUAUGAUAAACCCAACCAUUCGGAGUUUAGUGGUCAUUGACGAUUUAAUGCAGGGGCUUAGCAAUGAUCAGAGAAUUACAAAUUUGUUCAUCAAAGGCUGUCAUCACCGAAGUUUGGGCUUUAUUUUUAUUCUUCAAAACAUUUUUCACCGGGGAAAAGAACUGAGAGACAUGAGUUUGAAUUGCCAUUAUUUGGUGAUGUUCAAGUCUCCGCGAGAUAGCAGUCAAGUCAGUCACUUGGCGAAACAGAUGUUUCCCGGUCAUGUCAAAUACAUGCAAGAAGCGUUUCAGGAUGCGACAAAACGCCCUUAUGGCUACCUGUUAUGUGACCUCAAACCAGAAACACCUACCGACUUCAGGUUGCACACAAACAUUUUCCCUGGGGAGACUCAGUUCGCCUAUGUCAGAAAGGUAUAAAAAAGCUCCGUCGUAGCGAUUGAAAUCAGUUGAGUAUGGCCCAGCGACUAAGAAAGAACCACGAUUUUCUUAAGCUCUCGUCAAGUGUACCCCAGCUCAACGUAAAGCAAUUUUGAAAGCAGCCGACGACGCUUUAGUAAAAACCAUUUGUGAGUGUGUAUUCAACGUACUUAAAGAAACAGUCCCUGUCAGUAAACCGGCAAAGAGAAAACUUCUUAAGCACAAGAAAGCUUUGACUGCUCUAGCUGAAAAGAGUGCCUCGCUAAACACGAAAAAGCAAAUCUUGAUACAACACGGA